AUGAAAUUGGCAAAUGAACGAACUAAGAGUAAAGAACUAUUUUCUAUGGAUGAUUUAAUAAAAAAAGUUUUCGAUGAACCUAUAAUUAUGAUGGGAGAUUUUAAUGCAUCAGGAACCUAUCUUAGGGAAGAUGAAUGUACAGAAGUUGACAGAUUAUUGCAACAAAAUAAGUUAGUAUGGGGCAUUAAUCACGGUGAAAAUACUAUGGUUGGGUCAAAGGCUUCGUAUGAUCGGUUUAUUUUUGAAGCGGAGGUGGCGAACAAAAUGAUCAAAAGUGUUAAAGUGUGGAGAUUCAAUAAGGAUUGGUCACACAAUGAUCCGUCUAUUGUCGAAGAAGCAAUAAAAAGAAAUUGA